AUUCUUUUAAAUCAGACGAGGUAAACACGUGAUGAUACUUGUAUGCGUAUGCGCAAAAUAUGUGAUUAAAAUAGUUACGUUACGUAUGUUAUAGUUAUUGUGAUUUUAAAAUUUAUGUAUUUUAUUUAUGAAUAACAACGUUUAAUAAUUUGUUUGCGAUCUCUGCUAUCAAUAAACGAAUAGAUGGAAGCGAAAGAGGAAAAUUUUUCUGCUCAAUGGGCACUUGAUCUUCUUGAACCUACACCAUUAGAUCGGUCAAACUAUAUUUUUAAAUAUUAUUUAGCACCAAUUGGUGGAUUUACGUGUAUAUUUGCACAAGUGGCGUUAAACAAAAUUCAAAGAAAGCCUACAUAUGCCAAUAAACCGUAUAUGUUACUUGGAUUUUUGGGUGGUAAUCUUUUUGGACUUUUCAUACAUAGUAUAUUUGAAAUAAAAUCUGCAAGAAAAGAUGCAAUGAUGAGAGAUUACAUAAUACGUCAUCCAGAAUAUUUUCCUAAACCAGAAUAUAAAAAAUAUGCAAAUAUUCUUGAGCCAUGGACUCCAUGUCGUUAAAAAACAGUAAUGUAUUCAUUCUUAUUAUGUAGCAUAAUUUUUUCUAUUAAUAGUGAAUAAAAAGUGAAGUAAAUGGAUAUUAAAA